AUGAGCAGCUACGUGGCAGGACGUGGAGGAUCCGGAUGGAAUCCUUUUACGGCAUCUGGCGUCGGGUCGAAUCCGUUUGGUGAUGUUGAGGAGGACGCGCACAUGGACACAACUACGACGUCCCCAGAGCAAAGUGUAGGAGCUGAGGUCGAUUCCGAACAGCAGCAACCGCAGCACAUUUUCAACGCGUUUCGAAGUGUGGGAUCUAAUCCCUUCACUGCACCGGGGCCGCUCUUCCCGCCGCCCCUGGAGCAGGGCGAUGCUGCGCGCAAUAAAGAUGUCGGCUCUUCGACGGGGAAUGCUUUGGUUUCGCCCAAAGCCAAAACUGCAGCACCGGCGUUGGUCCAACAUCCCCAAGGCCGUGAAGCGACAUCCGUGUCAUCGGCUUUGCCGCAAAGAAGCCAACAAGGUCCGGGCGAGGAUGGGACAGCAAAGAUGAACGGCAGGGAUGAAAGUUGUGCAGGAGCAGGAGCGCAGCAAAUGCAAACGUUGCCGCCGUUGAAAAAGCGGAACGUCCGUCGCUCCACAGCGAGUUUGUUUAGCAACGCAAGUGGAAGUUUGUGCAGCUUUCGUACCUGCUUCACUUCGUUUCCGAAAAAUUCGGAGGAGAAAGGAGCGGACUCGGAGGACAUUGAAAUGGAGGAUGCACGCUCAACGGCGCAGACACCGUCCGCGUCCUCGGAACGGUUGUCGCCGCUGAAAGACGGAAACGGACAGUCGAAUUUCACGGGCGUUGGUAUACAUUGUACACAUCAUUGUUUCGACGUUUUCAGUUGCCUGGCCGUAUUCAUGAUGGAGCUACGAAUCAACCACUUGCAGCUGCAGUACGAAUGCUAGUGUUGCAGGGUACUUAAGGAGUUUAGUAUUAGCAAAGUGGUGUACUGUGUAUAAAUAUGUUUUGAACAACAGCAACGCGGCAGAAGGACGCGGAAAGCCGGUUUCUGCCAUUCGCAGGAGAUACUAAGUCCUCAUCGUCUUCUUCCACCUGGCGCGGGGCGAUGUACACCGGUGGCACUUCGGAAGGAAUGACCGACGCGGACCUGUUCAGCGCUAUCGCACAGCAAGACGACAGCUUUUUCUCUAAUGACAAUUAUGAGGGAGGCGCGUGGUCGGAGUCUCGAAGCCCCGCACGCAAAGGUAAUCAAAAUCACCAAGCUGCCAGAGACAACGUACAUGAUGAGGAUGCUGUCAUGUUUACACCCAGGAACGAUCUUGACGACUCAUUCGGCAUUGACGAGGACGCGGACGAGAUCGAGAACUACGGGCGGAAGGAUCACGAAGCAGGGAGAAGCUGCAGCAAAGGCAGGGAGGGGUUGAAGAAACGGAAACUUAGCCCGGUUCGACAUUGCGAGGAGGGCAUGUUCUCGAAGGUCGGGUCAUUUCCGGGGCGAACAUCUUGGAAUCGUGACGAGAACGGUGCAGCACCCGGGUUUCUGCAUACACAGCAAGAUGAUGAUACAGAGAUGACAAGAACCCCACCUCGUGCAGCAGCACGAGAGGACCAGCGCACGGGAAAUCGGCUAGGCGCGAGCAGCGUUCCUGUGAAGAGGCGGGGUGUGCGAAAGCAACACCAAUUCAUAAAAGCACAUCUGCAGCGUGUGCUCCAAGCGAAUGGAGCGGGAGCUGCAACCGGCGCGACGGGUAUCUAUUUAUCUGCUUUGUGUAAUCAGGCACGCAUGAUCUCGUGUCAGCGUAGUUUGGAUGAUAAGUUGCUACGUUAUGUCUGCAUGACGUGGAUCACAGGUAGUUGUGAGCGACAUCGAGCAGUUUUGUGGAAUACACAAACGCUAUAACAAUGCUUAUGUUAUUAGGAAGAGAAGAGGCCGAGAAACGAGGAAAAGUAGGGAUACCGUGCGCGCAUACGCAUCCGCUCAGCCGUUCGCGACGGACAGGCCACAGUGGGUUCGUCGCGCCAGGCGGGUUUAGUGCAUCUUCAACUAGCGCUUCGUCGUCAUCUGCUGGGACCAGCAGAAGCACCUCGCGUAGCCGCAUGCCUCCGGUGACGCACCAGACGGUGGAACGCGAGCGCCGCGCGGGCGCAGUAAUGACAGGCGACUCCUCCUCUAGUAGAGCGCGCGGCGCCACCGGAGAUAAUGCCGGCACGCGGACACCGUCUCCGCUUCGCACACCCAGGGAUUCGACGUCCCCCGGACGGCAGCAUGAGCCACAGUCCGAAAAGAAGCUCGCGUCCUUGAGCAUCAGAGAGCUGAAGGACAUACUCCUCUCAACUCGUGGCGUGGAAGCACCGCGCGGCACCGAAAAAAGCGAUCUGUUGCGCAUGAUAGAAAAGGGAGAAUGCUCCGUCGCCACAAGACGGUCUGUUGCAGCGACGCACGGACCAGAUUCUCAAGCGACAGGAGCUUUUGUUGGAGCCUUGGAUCAGUGCGCAGGUGGACAUCGAUCAUCAACACCAACUUCCGCCUUGUUGCCGCCCGCGUCACAAGCCUCAAACCCUUGCUCACAACAGUUCACGUUCGAAGGACCACUUUGUGGUUCGCAGCCGGCUUCUCAGUACCAGAGAACCAGCGAAGUGCAGCGCAUCCUGGCGAUAGGCACAUCACAGCAUAGGUAUUUAGACUUACUUUAGUACGAUCAAUUUUACAUCCAUGAUUUUUCGGUUAGUUUAUUUUUAACUUCUAUCAGUGGUUUGUCUUUGUGUUAUGGUUUACUCGCUCGGGGUCGGGUCUUUAAUGAUGCUUCUUGGUAGGACGAGACUGACGAUUUGAGUUCUGCUUUCGCAUGGCAGGUGGGGCUGGGAAGUCUUGGAUAUGCUGUCGGAUUCCGGGUCGAUGUGCUUCUCGUCUCGAGGCCACCAAGAAAGCGAACUCCGCAAAGCGGUAAAAAGAUUACGUGUUUUGUGUCACCCGGACAAGUUUCCACCCGGAGACCGCGGCGAUGCGGAGACGGCUUUCAAGCGGAUUGUAGAAGCCGAAGCCCUUGUGAAGAAGCAGAUCGAGGAAGAACACAUCAACAGCGCAUUCAUGGGCUUUUUCGCGUGAUCAGGUACAACCUUUCGCGAUGAACAUUUUGAUGCUUCUUGUGAGGCGCAAGGACAAACGGCAGCGGAUUGACAAGGUGACAAAGCGUAGCUUUGUGAACUGAUAUACCACACCGACUUGAUGCCAAGUUGCGUCUUGUUGCCGGUAGGAGCACGAGUUCAAGGGUUCUGCGCGAGGAUCUUUCUACCUCGGAACGAACCUCAUGUCUAGCAUACUCCCUGUGUCAGAAUGGAUAGCUUGUUUCUCGCGCACGACAUACCGUGUUUCAUCGCCAAUAAAGAAGGACAAAGCACUUACGAGAAUCUCAUACUAGACGAGGCGCAUGACGUAGCAACUAUGUACAUGAACGUCAAGUCGACACGGUUUCGGAAUGCAUUUUACGUUUCGCAGUGGUGCUGGCGCUGACGAUGCAGGCUGCACUAAGUGGCGUGAAAACAAUUUGAUUUGAUUUGAUGUCACGACAGAUUCUUUUGCGAAGGGUGAUGUUCCCGACGCUUUUUUUUUGAUCCAGCGGG